CCAAUUGCGACAUUUCUAUUCCAUGUGUGAAUGGUUCGUAUAUAAGCGUUUGUGUGACUUCUCAUAGUCAUUGUAUAUUCAGCUACUUUGAAUACGCACCAAGCAUCAUGUCUACCUUCGCUUUCCUCCUCCUCUGCGUCCAAGCUUGCUUGAUUCAGAAUGUAUACAGCCAGUACAUCGGUGGUCCUCUUGGAUGUGGAUGUGAAGCCGGUCUGGCUGGACCCCUUGGCUACGGCCGAGGCCUAGGCAUCGCUGGCUUAGGCUGUGAAGCCGGUCUAACUGGUUACGGAUUGGGCCUUGGUCUUGGUGCUCCAUACGGUGCUGCCUACGGAGGUGCCGGUGUCGGUGAUGUAUCAGUCGCUGGUGAAAUGGGCGUCGCUGGUAACACCCUGGUCGCUGGUCAAGUGCCAAUCCUCGGUGCUGUCGAGUUCGGAGGUAUCGUGCCGGCUGCUGGAGCUGUCUCCAUUGCUGGUAGCUGCGGUUGCGGCUGCGGUGGUGGUUACAUUUACUGAGAUAUUGUAACAUGAUCAACGAAAGACCGUUUUGCACACUAAAUUAAACAAUUUUGUUGGCUUUCAAAUGUCAUCUUUCAUUCGUACUCAUUUAAACCUCAUUUAAGACUCUAAUAUUUUUUUUUAGUUUCACACGUUAUAAAUAUUAAACAGGGUCUGGACAGGA